AUGGCGAAGUUCAAGGCCAUCAUCAUCGGCGGAGGGCCCGUGGGCUUGGUCAUGGCGCAUGCGUUGGCUUUGGCGGACAUUGACUACACCCUCUACGAGCGUCGUCAAUCUAUAGUCGACAGGGAAGGUGCAGGAAUUGCUGUCAUGCCUCAUGUUGUGCGUAUCCUGCAUCAGCUCGGAGUACUUGAGGAAGCAUGCAAGAUUGGGGAACCAAUGCUGGGCACUGCGCAUGUGGUAGGCGGAAACAAGGGCUGGCGCGACAAUGCAAGCGAAAUCUUGUCCCAAAAGUUUGGAUAUAAUAUACUGCUCUUUGAGCGAUUCCGCUUGAUGAAGCUCUUGCUAGACUCGAUCCCUGAUCGUGAAGAACAUAUUCGCACUGGAAUGACAUUGAAGUCAAUCAAGGAGCACGAUCAAGGGGUGUCAGUGGCCUUUGAAGAUGGUACCGUCGACGAGGGUUCAAUUGUCAUUGGAGCCGAUGGUGUGCACAGCACUGUCCGACACCUCCUUAGUGAUAUGAGCGCCGGAGAAGUAGAGGCAAUGCCCUUCACGACAAUCAUCCAGGGUCUGUACGGCCAUGGCCCACGGAUCGACGGGAUGAGAAAUGGAGAAGUUGUUGAGAACCACCAUGACGGAUGGGCCGUUCAGACCCUCACAGGUCGAGACAGGACGUUCUACUUCAUAUAUGCCAAACUAAAACAGCCAACAAAAGACCGGCGACGUUUCACGACUGCCGAUACUCAAGAGUUCAUGCAGCUGUACUCACACGAGAAGGUCUUUGGCGAGGUCACCUUUGCGGAUCUUUGGGAGCGUCGCGACCUGGGUGAGCUACGAUAUCUUGAACAAGGUGUUGCGAAGACUUGGAGCAGAGGUCGGGUUGUUCUCGUUGGAGACUCCGUGCAUAAGGUUACACCGAAUCUAGGCAUUGGGGGCAAUAUUGGCAUCGAAUCGGCUGCAAGUCUUGCCAAUCAUCUACAUGCCCUUCUGAAACAAGAAUCAGCUCCAGACUCCAUAGCUCUAGGCGAGGCGUUUGCAGCAUAUCGAAACCAACGUUUUGACGUUGUUGAAUCUUGGUACCGUCGAGGUUAUUGGCAUGUCAAGUUCCUGACGUUUGAGACAAAACGACAUAGAGAGAUGUUUGAGAAGCAAGCACUCAAGUCAGGACUGGAUCACAUUAGUAAGUUCAAGUUCGCAAAGGACUAUCUUGACACUGUCAGUCAAGGUAUCAAACUUGAUUAUGUUCCGAUUGAGUCCGAGUUGAGCGGCACAUAUCCGUGGGCCACCAGCACGUCCGUCCUGGAAUCGGAAUUACACCCAAAGUUGUGA